AUGUCUGGACGUGGUAAACAAGGGGGCAAGACGCGAACUAAAGCCAAAACUCGGUCUUCCCGAGUGGGUUUGCAGUUUCCAGUAGGUCGGGUGCACCGCUUGCUUCGCAGGGGUAAUUACUCAGAGCGGGUAGGGGCUGGGGCACCGGUGUACCUGGCAGCGGUGUUGGAGUACCUGACGGCCGAGAUCCUGGAGCUGCCGGGUAACGCGGCCCGCGACAACAAAAAGACGCGCAUCAUUCCGCGCCACUUGCAGCUGGCCAUCCGCAACGAUGAGGAGCUCAACAAACUGUUGGGUAAAGUCACUAUCGCUCAGGGUGGUGUCCUGCCCAACAUCCAGUCCGUGUUGUUGCCCAAGAAAACUGAGAGCCACCACAAAACCCAGGGAAAGUAA